GGAUCCGCCGCCAUUCGGCAUAAAAUAGGUACAAUACUUACUCCGGGACCAUGUAGAGUUGGCUACCUACCUAUUGUCCUGCCAGCUCAGGAGGCCUCGCACAAUAAUAGUUUUCAGUCACAAUACCUCUUGUCCAGAAGAUGCACAAGUAUCAUUCCCUCGCAAAUCAUCCCAAUCUUUCGUCUUGAUCUGGCUAUAGUUACAAAUUGCUGCGCCUGUGCGGGCGAUCCUCGCAAGACCGUGCGAUCAGCCCCUCGAACAGGAACACCAGAACGCUCUCGACUCGCAGAACGAGAACGAGACCCUAGCGAACACAGAGAUACCGUAGCAAAUAUGGCUACGACGGAGGCCGCAAUGGCUGAUACACCGGUCCAUCGCCCUGAUCGCCGUAUGAACGGUUCACCUCCUCCGACGCAGUCGAAGCGAGACAAGCGCCGCCAGAUGCUGGUAGAUCGUCUGGCCACGCUCACCGAGAAGCUCAGCAAGGACCGAGAUCAAGCCUUCCGGGAGCAACUUCACAAGAUUCAGAUUGACACAACCCUCGUCAUGAGAGUCGACCCUUAUGUCGAUGGCCCUCUUGACGCCUUCGAGCAAGACCAGUUGAACGGUGACGCCGACGGACCCCAGACCCUCCUCGAUAGAGCCGGGCCGAGGUUUGCCAAAUGGAUGGAAAAAGUCCAGGACCUAGUCGAGGAACGCGACUAUCACCUUACCAAGUACAAGUUCGACUACGAGAAGAAAACAUCGGAGUUCCUGAACACGCACGCCUUUAAGGUAGAAACUGCGAAUCGCGAAUACCGAGCCCUCUCUCAGACCCUCCGUGACCGCUUGAUCAACAGCAUCACUAGCAAAAAAUUCAGGCUGAACAAGGAGAAAGAGGCACUGGAGAUCUCGGAUGCUUCUGCCCUUCUGCUUCAUCCGAACCAGUUCAGCAUCACCAAUCCUGCCAGCCCUGGGGGCACACAUAACAAGCGGACCACCCGGCAGCGGCGGGAAAUGGAAGACGCCGGCAUGGAAAACAGGAAACGAAAGCGCAACAACAACGACGACGACGGUUCGCCGGCACCACAACGCCGGGCCCUUGAUGCCUCGGGCACCACCCCGCUCUGGCAGACAGACCGCCUGGCCUCGCGCAAGGCCACUGGCCCAAUAUACAGCAUCGAUAAGCUUUUUACCGACAAGGAGCUCACGAUGUCAUACAACACGGCCGCAUUGGCCGCCCGCAAAUACCUUCUCACACACAAACCAAAGCUUGACGAGCAUGGCCGUCCUAUCCCAUCGCCCGAUGGUAGCGACUCGGGCGCUGGCGACCAGGACGAGAACGACGGCUCAGACUCGGUCCCUUCAGCACCCAUGAUGGAGAGGAAUGUGUCACAUGCAACACGGAGCGGUCGCGGUGGGGCUAAUAACCCUAAUUUCAUCGACGAUAAGCUCACGGGCAUGGAGAUGCUCGCCAACUUCGACUUCCCAGGGAACUUUGACCGCAUGCUCGCUGCUGACCCGAAACUGCCGCCAACGUUCCCUUCGACGUACGUCAAGGGCUACAACAAGCUAGACUACAACAUUCCUAGCACGCUAAGUGCCGACGAUGCGCAUGCCGACCUCAGGGUGAUGAAGGCGUUGAAGGAUUACGACGAGGCCAACGGCGUCGGCGCCAACUUUGAGAUGGAGAACGGCAGCCGUAAGCUUCUUGAGGCGGCAUCGCUGCGGGCACGCGAUCACCGCUUUGUAGCGUUUCUCCAGGGAGAGCGGCCGUCGGAGAACCAAGUGAGGAAGCAGCUGGGACUGCCAGUUCUUUCAGAUGUUGUCGAGCCCGUGGUGUCCAACGAAAGAGCUGGCACGCCGAAGCCUGGACACACAGGCACGCCGGGGCCCUCGCCUGCUAAGCCCUCGGCACUGGGAGGUGUGCCUAUGAGCAGGCAGUCGAGUGCCAAUGGGGCACCGAUGAGUCGGAGCAGCAGCCGGAAGGGUGGCCGGGGUGGGCGGAGUUGACGAAGGGUCCUGGUGGAGGAAAAUAGGAGGGAAUCGCGGAUAAAUAUAAGGAGUCUGGAAAUCGAACUUGUUUAAGGGAUUGCUCCUGGAGGCUUAAGCAGGAGUUUGGGACAUUGGGGGAUUUUUAAAUGAGGUGUUGGGUUGGUGGCUAUAACUCGGGCACCCUGGCUAUUAUAGCUUUGCUCUAUACCCCGAGAUCUCGGGCAAGAUCUCGAGCUUUGAUUCGCAAAAUACAUUUGAUUAAAUCUAUUAUUCAGAGCGGCGCUAC